CCAAGCUUCAGGAGCCCUGACUUCUGCACUCUGGCCCUGAAGAUCCAUUUGCCUGUUGACUGGGCCCCCCCGACCCCUGAGACAUUCUUUGGCAUAACCUCAAACCAAAGGUGAAUUUAACAACUUGUGUAACGUCUCUGGCAUCGUCCUCACUGGGAGACCCUGGACACCCGCUUUCAGGUACCGCUCAGGAAGAGUGGGAGGAGACACGGGUAUCCCAUGGUCCAUGCAUUUCACCCCAUCUCUUGGUAGGGGCAGGUAUCUGAGAGCAUUGACAGAUUCAGGCUACAUCUAUCGGACGUGGGCCAUGGCCAGGCCACUAUGGGCAUUGUGUAGGCAAUACUCUUCACUUCGUCAAGUGACUUUUCUUCUCAUCACUCUUCUCUUGGCCAUUUUUGGUUAUGGCUACUGGCGCCAGAAGAGCCAGAUUCACAAAAGUGAGCUAAUCAGGGCGAGCGUGGCUUCCGAAGGAAAGCAUAGGCUUCGAGAUACACAGUUGUCAAAAUUGAUAUAUCCCCAGCCAAGUGUGCUUACACCCACCAGGAGGGAUGUCAUUGUGUUGACCAGCUGGCUUGCCCCGAUUGUGUGGGAAGGGACUUUCAACAUUGGCAUCUUGAACAAGCAGUUCCAACUCCAGAACGACACCAUUGGAUUGACCGUGUUUGCUUUAAGGAACCACACGGUGUACCUGGAGCAGUUCCUGAGGUCUGCAGACACAUUCUUCAUGGUGGGGUACAGGGUGAACUUCUACGUCUUCACUGACCAGCCUCACGCGGUUCCUCGACUCCCCCUCCGUGACGAGAGAAAAGUCAUCACCUUCCAGAUCCCGAGUUUUGAGCACUCGCUGGACAACUCCAUGCAGCGCAUGAAGUUCAUCAGCGUCUAUUCCAAGCAGCGUCUCCGCGAGGAGGUGGCUUAUCUCGUGUGUUCGGAUGUGGAUGUCACCUUCCAGAAUGCCGUGGGUGUGGAGAUUCUCUCUCCUUUGUUCGCCACCCUCCAUUUGAGCUUCUACAUGAGCAAUCGGGAGGUGUUCCGCUACGAACGCCGGCCCAAGUCACAAGCUUAUAUCCCAAAGGAUGAGGGGGACUUUUAUUAUACAGGGUCCCUGUUUGGGGGAUCAGUGGCGGAGAUACACAGGCUCACGGCAGCCUGUCACCAGAUGAUCGUAACAGAUAAAUCCAACAACAUCGAGGCCCUGUGGCAUGACGAGAGUUACCUGAACAAGUACCUGCUGUACCACAAACCCACCAAGAUCCUUUCUUCAGAGUACAUGUUCAAUAAGAAGAUGGCUUUUGAGAGGUGGGUGAGUGACCACCUCAACCUAUUCAGCCUCAUCAGGAAUGCUAAAAUUUUGGAGCUGCCAGAAAAACGACAUGCAGACACAUAAUAAAGAUAAAAAUCUCCAGAAAC